GCCGCCAAGACGACACCCAGAACUUGCCUAUGACGCCCCGUUUUUGUCACGACCACUUCGACCAAAGUGAGUUCUUCUGCGCGGAGGACACGGGUCGUUCACAGCUUCGAUGGAACGCGAUGCCGACGCUUCUGCUUCCAGUCGAGGACGUGAUCGAGGCAUCUCCGCUGAAGCGCCAGAAAGUCGUGGGCAACGACACUGGUGCCACCAGUCGGGUACUAGUACCUUCUAGUAGUCCUGAGCAUCAGGACAAUGGUGCUGUGGAGCCUGCCACAACAGGUCAAGGUGCUCCAGUGACAAACACCCUUGCUGUGGUAGCAGCUGCACCACCAGUAGCUGCACCACCAGCAGCUGUACCACCAGCGACAGCCAUUGCCAUGGAGGAGGCAGUUACACCACCAGUAGCUGCACUACCAGCAGCUGCACCACCAGCGACAGCCAUUGCUGUGGAGGAGGCGGUUCCACUAAGUCCGCUAAGCCCUGGAGCCACCAGCAUCUCAUCGGGAUCCGAUCUGACAUACUCCCCAACUCGUGACGAAGAUUUUGAGAGCGAUCAAUACACACCAGGCCCACCAGAGGGGGAGCGACAGUUCCUCGUGUUUGAGAGCUGCCUGGGGGAGCUGUUCAGCACCUGCCAGGAGUGUUCAAGGCCCUGCAACACCACAAUCACCCCCCUGGGCACACUGAUCAAGGUGAAAAGCAUCUGCCCCCUGAAUCACGAGCGGAUAUGGGACAGUCGGCCUCUCAUGAACGGGAGGGCAGCUGGAAACAUCCUGCUGUCCAGCCACCUGCUGUUCUCUGGAUCAAAUGUCACAAGCACCUUGAGGAUGCUGCGCCACAUGAACGUGGAGGUCUUCAGCGAUCAGACCUUCUACAUGUAUCAGAAGAGCCUCCUGUUCCCUGCAAUCGACGAAGUCUACCUGCAAGAACAACAGGAUCUGGUCAGACAGCUGGAGGACCAGGAUGUUGACAUCACCAGCGAUGGCAGAUUCGACUCUCCUGGGUUCUCUGCCAAGUUCCUGACCUACACUGCACAUGUUCAGCAGAUCAACAAGAUCCUCCACUCCAUCCAAGUCCAGCUAGGAGAGUCGGAGCGAGCCAUGGCAAGUGUCAACAUGGAGAAGGAGGGCCUCAUCAAGCUGCUGGAAUUCUUCAAGGAGAAACGUAUCCAUGUAAAAUCCUUGGGCACUGACCGCCACCCUGCCAUACGAAAACACAUGGAGGUGCACGAACCUGGGACCGCCCACUACUUCGACAUUUGGCACAUCUCCAAAAGUGUGAAGAAAAAACUGAACGCAGCACGAAAACGAGCUGGAUGUCAACCGCUAGAAGAGUGGACGCAGGCGACCACCAACCACAUGUACUGGUCUGCCAUGGCUGCGGGAGGCAACAGGGAGCUGCUCGUCGAGAUCUGGCUGAGCAUGCAGAACCACGUCAUCGACAAGCACACUGGUCACGGGGGCAGCUACACGCGGUGUGUGCACAACGAAAUUCUCGAAGCCACAAAAAUGUGGAUGGAUCCCAACUCCCCGGCCUACAGUCACUACAAGCAGAUCACUGGGAACAAGCGCCUCCUGAAGGACCUGGCCCAGAUGUCCCCCCACGGCCAGACAUUCGCCCUGGAAUCCUUCCACAGCGUCCUCAUUGACUUCGCUCCCAAGUCCCGGGCAUUCACUCCAGAAGGCAUGCGUGCAAGGACUCGAGUGGCAAUCUUGCAUUUCAAUGAGAACGCUGAUCGCUGCCAAGCUGAGACACAAGAGGGCAAGCCACGCUGGGCGGUGAAAACAUCCAAAGCACGCAAGGGCCACCACACAGCUUGUCCCGUCAAGACAGCACCCACCUACAGCUACGUUCACAAGCUCGUAGAGGAGGUGAUCGCAAUCAAUAGUCGAUGGCGGUGUCUUGCUACUGCGGCGAAGGCCAGCACAAACAUCUUUCCGGCGCCCAUGACUGCGGCCUUUGCCAGGCCUUCAAAGGAGGAGUUAGUGGAAGCACGGAGGUCCCGCUUCGGCCGUACUCUGCAGACUCCCUGAACAUCGCCAUACCCUCCAUGCAGCCUGCCAUCUCAUCCUCAAAGCCAGUGGAA